CUCCUCACUCCCUCACUCCCUCAAUCCUUCAGCCGAUCUGCAGUCUAUCACUCCAUCUGUCCAUCUGCGUCUCAGUUCCUUACCUCACCGGAGUCACUGCCGUCCCUCGCCACACCGCCCUCACGCUAAAGCUUCAAGUCGCCGUCACGUAGUCCGAGCUCCAUCGUCGGUCGCCAGUCCAGGCUCCAGCCGCGUCCCGCCGGUCUAGCCACGGCCUCCCCUCACCACUGUGUAAUAUUUGAAAUGAUCCAAGAGCUUUCUUGUUGAAGCAAAUCCUUCAGUUGAAUGGGCCUCCUUUGAAAGAUCAAAUUGAACAGAUUCUGAAGAGUGGCAUUCUUGCAGAUGAGAACUUAUCUUCAAAGAAAUCUCAUUAUGACCAAGUAAGAAAGCAACAUAACAUGCACAAAUGUGUUUACGCAAAUUCUCGUCAACAUCGUCUUCCAUAGCCUGCUGCUGCAUUCGAUCUCUUUCCAGCUCCCCACUCCCGUGCAUCUUCCACACCACCAACCAUUUCAAAGAAGCAGAAGAAGAACAACAAGGCCGGGAACUCGAAAUUGAUCAACACACUGUUACAAACAUAGCCUACUGGACUAGGAAAAUCCACAAACUCUGCGCUUUUGACCACAAUGUCGACGAAGCUCUUCGCCUCUUCGAUCAACUCCGUCUCUAUGGCUACCGCCCCGAUUCCCUCAAUCUUAGUAGCAUUAUCAAUGCUCUGUGUGAUGCUCGCCGCUUCCCCGAAGCUCACCGCCGGUUCUUUCUUGCUGUUUCCACCCAUUCUAACGUGAAUGAGAGCACUUGCAAUGUUAUCAUUGCUCGCUUGCUCCAUUCGCGGAGCCCUGAAUCAACCCUGCAUGUUAUUCGCGCUUUAUUUCGCCAAAAACCUGAGUUUGUACCUUCUUUGAUGAACUACAACCGUUUGAUGGAUCAAUUUUGCGCUUUAUCAAGGCCUAGAGAUGCGCACCAGGUGUUCCUUGAAAUGAGAAACAAAGGGCACUGCCCCAACGUUGUUCCGUACACGACUCUGAUCAAUGGUUACUGUGGAGUCGGGGAAAUUGGUGACGCUUGGAAUCUGUUCGAUGAAAUGUCUGAGCGUGGAGUGAGUCCUAAUGCAUUUACCUACAGUAUUUUAAUUCGCGGGGUCCUUAGAAAGAGGGACAUUGAGAAGGGAAAAGCAUUGAUUGGGAAUCUUUGGGAGGUAAUGAUUGGUGAGGAGGAUAUGCAUGUUAAUACUGCAGCAUUUUCUAACGUGAUUGAUUGUAUAUGUAGAGAAGGGUUGUUCCAUGAAGUUUUUAGGAUUGCAGAAGAUAUGCCUCAAGGAAAGUGUGUAGUUGAAGAGUUUGCUUAUAGUCAAAUGAUUGAUUCACUUUGUAGGUAUGGGAGGUACAAUGGGGGUGCUAGAAUCAUUUAUAUAAUGAAAAAGAGAGGAUUCAAGCCAAGCUUAGAAGCGUAUAAUACAAUAGUACAUGGAAUUUGCAGAGAAUGUGACUUUUUCAGGGCUUAUCAACUAUUAGAAGAAGGGAUUCAGUUUGGAUACUCUCCCUCUGAGUUCACCUACAAUCUCUUGAUAGAGGGUCUUUGUUCUGUAUCUGAUCUUGACAAGGCGAAGAAUGUUCUGAAUAUCAUGCUAAAUAAGAAAGUUGUAGAUAGAACUAGGAUUUACAAUAUAUAUCUAAAAGCUAUUUGUCUUACUAAUAAUCCAACCGAGCUGUUGAACACACUUGUUACCAUGCUUCAAACACAAUGCCAACCUGAUCUUAUAACCCUUAAUACCGUGAUCAAUGGUUUCUGCAAAAUGGGAAGAGUUGAAGAGGCUCUCAAGGUGCUGCAAGAUAUGAUGAGUGGGAAGUUUUGUACCCCUGAUGUAGUGACCUAUACGACAGUCGUUGGUGGUUUGCUGGAAGUUGGGAGGGAUGAAGAAGCUCUACAUUUAUUACGUAAUACAAUGCCUAUGAACGGCAUUACUCUUGGUGUUGUGACCUACAACACUACUCUCCACGGGCUCUUCAAGAUGCAUAGGGCUGAUGAUGCCAUGGAGAUGUUCAACUGCAUGAUCAGCCACGACAUUGCUGCUGAUUGCACAACUUACACUAUUAUAAUUGAUGGGUUAUUCGAGUCAAAGCGAAUAGAUGAAGCUAAACGCUUCUGGGAUGAUAUUGUAUGGCCAUCAAGAGUUCACGACAACUACGUGUAUUCUGCCAUUCUUAAAGGGCUCUGCCGCUCAGGAAGAGUAGAAGAAGCCUGUGACUUCUUAUAUGAGUUGGUAGACUGUGGGGUUACUCUGUGCCAUGUGAAUUACAACAUUGUCAUUGAUGGUGCUUGCAGGUUAGGGUUGAAGAAAGAAGCAUAUCAGAUUCUUGGAGAAAUGAGGAAGAAUGGGCUUGCUCCAGAUGCUGUAACAUGGAGAGUUCUGGAUAAAUUGCAUCGAAAAAGAGGAAUGCAAUUCUGUGACUCUGAGGAUUUAACCCUGCAAUCCCAAGAACCACUAGUGAAUUGAAUCAGUGCAAGAAUUUGCAGGUCAGUGUAAUCUCUGUACGGUUGAUUUCCUAUAUUAGACUUUAGAAAGAUCAGCACAUGAAUGUAAUGUAGUAAUUAAUUAUAACUAAAAAGUAAACACUAAAACAUUUUAGUCCAUUAAUUUAAUAGGCACCCCGGAUAAUUCUGUUCUUGAAUUUAUUAAUGUACUUUCAAUAAUUCUGUGAAG